AUGUAUCCAAUGAGGUUGAAAGAGUAUCUUGGAAUCUCUAGGCCAUCAGAUGCUAUUUCUAAGCAUGAAAUAACUUGUUAUUUUGCAGAUGGGGCUCAACUAAUUCUAGUGAACAAUUGUGGGGAAAGUACAUGGCCAGGGAUACUUGGUGGAGUAGGACAUCAUACUCUAAAAUAUGGCGGGGUGCAUCUUGGAAGUGGUGAAGAACUAGUGCUUGAUGUGCCAGAGAAGUGGUCAGGGAGAAUUUGGGGCAGGCAGGGUUACAACUUUGACAAUGAUGGAAAUGGCCACUAUCUUACAGGUGAUUGCAAUGGGAAGCUACACUGUAGAGGACAAGGAGGGGUACCACCAGCAACAGUGGUUGAAAUGACCCUUGGAUCCUCCUCCUCUCCCUUGCACUUUUGUGAUGUGAGUUUGGUUGAUGACUUCAACUUGCCUGUUUCCAUGAAGCCAAUUGGGGGUGGAAUUGGGUAUGGUGUGGCCUCCUGUGAGGUGGAUUUAAAUGUUUGUUGUCCUUCAGCACUUGAGGUGAAGAGAAAUGGCAAGGUUGUGGGUUGUAAGAGUGCAUGCUUGGCUAUGCAAUCAGCAAAGUAUUGCUGCACAGGGAGUUAUUCUGACCCCAAAACAUGCAAGCCUACCCUUUUUGCUCAUCUCUUUAAGGCUAUUUGUCCUAAGGCAUAUAGUUAUGCAUAUGAUAACUCUAGCAGCCUUAACAGAUGCAGGGCUCCAAGAUAUGUUAUCACUUUUUGCCCUCCUCCAAUCUAAAAGGAUCUACAUGACAAAAUGAAGUUGAAGCUAUUGUUAUAGAAUUGCAAAGGUUAUUAGUCAUUAGUGAAGAACUAUUUCCUGGAU